GCCUUUUUGCCGGAGACGAAGCGCGUCUACGUGCGCACCUUCGGCUGCAGCCACAACGUGAGCGACAGCGAGUACAUGUGCGGCCUCCUCGCGUCCGAGGGCUACGAGGUGUCGACGGACAGGGCCGACGCGGACGCCGCGGACGCGUGGGUCGUCAACUCGUGCACGGUCAAGGACCCGAGCCAGGCGGCGUUCAUGAAGGAGGUGCGCCGGGGCAUGAAGGACGGCAAGGCCGUCGUCGUGUCCGGCUGCAUCCCCCAGGGCGAGCGGGGCUUGGUGAAGAAGCAGGGCGGCCGGAAGCCGCCGGAGCUCGACGGCGCGUCGUCCGUGGGCAUCAAGCAGAUCGGCCGCGUCAACGAGGCCGUGGCCGCGGCGCUGCGCGGCGAGACCUUCCACGCGCUGGGCUCCGGCCCGUUGCCGUCCCUCGAGCUGCCCAAGGUCCGCGCGAACGCGCUCGUCGAGAUCGUGCCGCUCUCAAGCGGGUGUCUCGGCGCGUGCGCGUACUGCAAGACGCGCCACGCGCGGGGCGCCCUGGGGUCCUACGCGCUGGCGGACAUCGUCGCGCGCGUCGACGGCGCCCUCGCCGACGGCGUCGGCGAGGUCUGGCUCAGCAGCGAGGACACGGGCGCGUACGGCAUCGACCUCGGCACGUCGCUCGGCGCGCUGCUCGAGGCGCUGCUGCCCGUGCUGGAGGCGCACCCCCACGGCAUGCUGCGCGUGGGCAUGACGAACCCGCCCUACGUCCUCGACCAGCUCGAGGUGCUGGGCCGGUGCCUGAACCACGCGCAGGUCUACGCGUUCCUCCACGUGCCCGUGCAAUCGGGGUCCGACGCGGUCCUGGCCAAGGACCGCAUGAACCGCGAGUACACGGUAGCCGACUUCCGCGCCGUCGUCGACGGCCUCGCGGCGCGCGUCGACGGCGGGCUGAGCCUGAUGACGGACGUCAUCUGCGGCUUCCCCGGCGAGACGGACGACGACUUCGACGCGACGUACGCGCUGGUGGAGGACUACGCCUUCGGCCUCAUCAACAUCUCCCAGUUCUACGCGCGGCCGGGCACGCCCGCGGCGUCCAUGAAGCGCGUCCACACGGCGACGGUCAAGGACCGGUCGCGGCGCCUCUCGGCUUUGACGCAGACGUUCCGGCCCUACGACGGCCUCGUCGGCACCGUCGUCGCCUGCGCGGCGCACGCGGAGGUCGCCGACGGCGGCGCGCGGCUCGUCUGCCACACGAAGACCUACGCGAAGGUCCUCGUGCCCUUCGACCGGUCGCUCGUCGGUGCCCGCUUCGAGGUGCGAAUCGGCGCCGCGCACCGGUGGCACGUCGACGGCGUCGUGUUG